CUGAUCUGUAGUAAUAAAAGUGUUUCCGUGUCCAACAGCUAACUAUGAAGCAGAGCUGUCUGUCUUCUGAGGAGGUCCCACAUGAAUUAAAGACGUCAUUAUUUCGUUUUUUUUAAGGUUUGUCACGUGCCAAACAUGUUUUCAGAGGACUCUGAACUCUGUACUGCUGCCUGCUGGUCAUUUGAUCAAUCUCCACCCUCACUCCAAUCAUCACCAUGCUGUCAGAUGAAACGUCAGAGACUGUCCUCCUUUCAUUCACGCUGCUCAACGCCGUGAAGAGUCUUCAGAGAGCUUUUUCUCCACUAGACCAUCGGAGGAAAGUCUGUUUUCUCCACAAUACUUCCUACAUACUUCUGCUCAGACCUGGUGAAGCUGCGUCUGUGGAAAUAUUUUCCUGGAUAUCACAUUUGACGCACCGUGCGCGUCUUUGCGCUUUGCAUUUAAAGUGAUUUUACUGUGAAAGGCGGCUAAAUGGAGUCAUCUCUUGAGUUUUCCAGCUCUUUGGGCAGCAUGUCUUCUCUGCUGACUCGCUGUCGGACCUUUAAAGUGCUGGUGAUUGGAGACUCCGGGGUGGGGAAGACCUGCCUCGCACACCGACUUUCCGCCGGAGAGUUCCCCAUGAGAGUGGAGGCUACCAUCGGCGUGGACUUCCGCGAGAGAGUGCUAGAUAUAGAUGGAGAGAGGAUUAAGCUCCAGCUGUGGGACACGGCGGGACAGGAGCGUUUCCGGAAGUCCAUGGUGCAACACUACUAUCGUAACGUCCACGCUGUCCUCUUUAUAUAUGAUGUCACCUGUCCUGCCAGCUUCAGGAGCCUGACUUCCUGGAUAGAAGAGUGCAGGCAGAACUCUAUCGGAAGGGAGAUCCCCAGGUUCUUGAUUGGGAAUAAGAGUGACCUGCGUAAUGCCUGCAGGACCGAUGGACAAGUGAACCAGGAGUGGGCGAUGAGCUUCGCCAAAGCCCAUGGCAUGAUGUUUUUCGAGACGUCUGCCAAGGACCCGCCAAAAACACGAGCGAGCACUCGACUGAGUGAUGGGGAGGUGCCGCAUCAGCAGAACGAGGUGGAGGACAUCGUUGUUGCUGUUGGAGCCAAACUGAAGAGACAGAAGAAACCUUCAGUGACAAGCCUUCCGACGUACAGCGGGUCAUUCAAACUCCCAAACAAGAAAAGACCUGAGAAAGAGGUGUGGACCUGCUGCUGAAAAAGAUAGAGAGAGGGGAGUGUUGGACUUUUCAGAUGAAAGAAUGUGACUAAAGUGUUUGAUUGUGUGUGUGU